AUGCCGCAAAUUAAAUGUAUAUCUUAUAAUGUGAAAGGUCUCAAUAGCCCAACCAAGAGACACAAGGUCCUCAAGGAACUGAAGGGAUAUAAAGCAGAUAUCGCCUUUCUUCAGGAGACACAUAUCACCCUGGGAUCAAAUAUUAGACUAUAUGCUCCAGACUUACCCACUUGGUACUAUGGGGAUACCAUAUCUAAAAGAGCUAGAGGGAUAGCAAUUGGAAUAUCUAAAAGGAUACGGUUUGAAGUGACCGAUAGACUGACAGACCCAGAGGGAAGAUUUCUUUUCCUGAGAGGAAGACUGGAGGAAUUGGAAUGCACUCUAGUAAAUAUAUAUGCCCCGAAUGUCAUGCCUAUACAAUUUAUGCUGGGAAUACUAGGGAAACUAAUAGAUUUUAGGAAAGGAAUAGUAAUUAUGGGAGGAGACCUAAACCUAUGUCUUAACCCAAAAAUAGAUAAGACAUCCCAGACAUCGAGUACUCGGUGCACACAGUUAAGAAAGCUUAGGGAUGCUUUGUUUAGGAGUCAGUUGAUUGACACGUGGAGAGUCUUUAACCCUGACUUACGGGAUUAUACAUUCUAUUCCCCGGUCCAUGGGACCUACUCAAGGAUCGACCAUAUAUUGGUGGACCACAGGACUUUAGAUACCGUGGUAGAGACAAAAAUAGAAACCAUGACGAUUUCUGACCAUGCCCCAGUAAGCAUUACAAUAGACACAGGAACCCUGAGACCUAAACAAAAUUGGAGGCUAGACGAAUACUUGCUGAUUGAGGAGACCAGUUUAACAAGGAAUGAGGCAGCCAUACUUGGCACCAUGCUUGUUGGCAACAUGAAGCUCAUUGCUUUAAAGAUGAUGAACUCUUCUGGGAAUUUCACUGGCUGUCAGCCACAACCCGUUCCUGCCUUCAUCCCCAUCUUUUUGAGUGUCUUCUUCUUCAUUGGCUUUGCCUUGAACUGCAUCAGUUUGUGGAUAUUCUGGUUCAAGGUUAAACCAUGGACCUCAAUGGUGGUUCUCCAGUUCAACUUAGCCAUCUCCGAUGCCAUCAUCACCCCAGCAGCUCCUCUGCUUGUUAUCUACUACAUUACUGACCACUGGACCUUCGGGUUGUUCUUCUGCCAGUUCAAAGUCUUCUUGCUCAGCACUCACACAUAUGGAAGUAUAUACUUUCUCACCCUAAUCAGCAUGCACCGUUAUUUCAUUGUUGUCCCUAACGCCAAAAGUCAGGCCUUUAAUGGGAAGCCGUUCAUUACGAAACUUUGCCUCGUUGUCUGGGGUUGUCUGCUUUGUCAAGGUAUUCCAUUUUUCUUUACCCUCAAAGUCUCUGAGGUCCACGGAGUUAUGAAAUGUCUCAGCAUCCAUCAAACAGAUCAAACAGUUUUAUUUUUUGUCUGGAACUGGGUCAUCUUAUUCACUGGUCUUCUUAUUCCUUUUUCCAUAACAUUGGUCUGCUAUGCUCUACUGAUUCAAUACAUUCUCAAAGUCAACCCAAUGAACUCCCUCAGCAAAGUCAUGGUGUCCAAGUCAGUGCAGACUAUCCUUAUCUCCCUGAUAAUUUUCAUAAUUUGCUACAUUCCCUGUCAUAUCACUAGGUCUAUCGCUGUUACAAUUACAUUAUUCUUCCCAACCUUAUGCUCUUUGCUGGAAAGCGUUGAAGUUGCCUUUUACAUCACUUGGAUAAUGUCUGGAACAAAUUGUUAUAUAGAUCCCAUACUGUACUGUUUUACUUCCGAAAGAUUUAACAGCAUAUUUACAAGUUGGUGUCCUUGUCUGCAAAGACAACAUCAAAACAUCACAGACUUUUCCCACGAUAACCCAGAUAAGCCUCCUUUAGACACUCACGGCCCUCUCCCAACUAACAGCGUUACAAACACACGUCUGUCAGGAUCAGUUGAAGGGCAAAGUGAGAUGUGAAUUAAAUCUAAAUCCAAGAGCAAAAAUGUAAUAUAUGUCAGGUACCCUUAAGUCUUGGGGCUGCAUUUGUUUUAUUUAUUUUUUCAGGCCUUUUUACAUUCUGUUCUAGGAUUACCACACUCCAUUGCUGUACUACAUCUAUGGAAGAGCAGCAUUGUCACCCUACAACAAGACUUCCUCUCCAUUCUUUUCCAUAACAGAGGGGAAUGGUGCUCUGCAAUCCACAGAGAGAGCAAAACACGCCAAAGACCAGUCAAAAAUCGAAUGAGAAUUCUUGUUGAUCGUCAGGUUCAGUUUUAUCAUCAUUAGUGUGCCAGUUGCAAAAAGCAAUUUUUGUGCCGCAAUCUAACAUGCUGGAUUAUUCUUAGAAAAACUAAACAUAUGAUGUCAAAAUUGUAUGCACCAUUUUCGUUUUUUGGUCGAUAGAACGUUCAGUUUUCAAAUUGUCUAUGGCAGUCCUUAAGAACAACGCUUAUAACUAGGGAUGAGUCGAACACCUCCC